CCCCACCCCGACCUCCAGAUUAAAGAGGAUGGCAGUGCCGUAGACAACAUCGCUGACCUGGUGACGGUCCUGGCCAACAACACGCUGUAUUUCCAUCCUUUCCAAGUGCCGAGGUUCAGGGCCGAUGUCCACAAGCGUUCCUACCGAUGCCUGGCGUCGAAUGCNUUA